AGCUGAGCUGUGAAUCGCUUGUAGAAGAAGUGCGUCGUAGACUAGAUAAUUUUGUGCUGGUCCUCCAAUUCAAGUAAUAAAUACACUGAGUGAACUUGGCUAUAAAGUUAUCUGCACCACUGGUGAAGCAGAAGUUGUGUGGACUCUUCAAAGAGAAUUGUAAGGUUACAGCUUCAUCAUGCCUCAUGUUAUUGUGAAGGGGAAUGUGGAUGCAACUGAAACAAAAGUGUUUGGACUUUCACAGAUGGAGUUCCAAGAAGUGAAAACAAAACUGAAAACAUAUGGAGGUCGGGUUGGACAAGAUGGACACACAUUCACACACCCACCUCUUCAAGUCUUGGAUGUGCUACAGAUGUGUUGUGGUUAUACAAUGAUAACAUCAUGUGGUCAUGGAGACCAGAAUUGUCCUAUCUGGACACUGCAUCACCCAUUUUUCUAGGUUGAAUGUGCCAGAUUUAUCAGAAAUAUAAAUAAAUGUGUAUAUAUUUCAAAACUGAAAUAUGAAUAUUUCGUGCAGUCGGAGGUUUUGCAGUGUAUCACAGAAUUAGUUUUGUAUUGGCUCUAGAAUUAUGUCGGAUUGCCACAGUCAUGGUCAUUGUUCUGUCAGCACUUCUUCUUUGUGUCAGACAUUAGAUGAACUUGAUUUUGAACGAGGAAUUUGGUAUGCAGCUCAACAUGAUGACCUAGAACGUGUUCAGAAGCUGUUGAGACAAGGUGUAUCUCCAGAUAUUAAGGAUACUGCUGGCUAUUGUGCAUUGCAUUAUGCUGCUCGUGCAGGUCAUGACCGCAUCUGCCAUUGUCUUCUGGCUGCUGGAGCAACGUGGGAUGCGGUUACAAGAGCAGGGCAGGCUACUGCUCUUCAUCGAGCCGCCUCAGCUGGUCAUAAUUCCAUAGUAACCUUGUUGCUGAAAACUGGUAGCAAUUCAGGACUGAGAGAUGCUGAUGGAAAAACAGCUUUGCACAGGGCUGUUGAACAAGUUCAUGUUAGCACAGUUAAAAUUCUCUUGGAAGCAGAUCCUGACCUCAGAUUUAUCUCUGACUUGAAAGGGAAGUUGCCAUUAGAUUAUGCUGCAAAGAAUGACGAAUUGGUUGCUUUGCUUGUUUGACGGGUUAUGGCAUAUUACCAUCUAACUAAUGAAUAAAGAUUGAAGUAAUAUAGAAUGUAUAAUAUGUGAGUGUUUACUUGAUACUCUUGUAUAGUUUAUGAGAGUAUGUGAAAUGUCAGGAACAAUCUGACUGAUUUCUGUCAGCGGUUUUUAUGAGGUUAAUGCAGUCAUGUACAGCAGUUAUUAUUGUAGUUCAGAAUACUUGUUUGAUUCUUAGUUACUUCUGAUUAAGUGGUUGCUUCAUUACUGUCAUUCUAAUUAUAUUCAGUAUUUGUGUUGUAUAAACAUGGUAAUUGUUCAAUGUUGCACUUAAAAUUAUCAUAAUUAUAUAGACUUGAAAAGUUUGAUGGAUUGGCACGAUGUUUUUCAUGUGGUAAACUUGUUAAUAAUGCAUGAAUUUGUUCUUAAAUUUUUAAUAAAUAGUCCAUUUCUGUGAAUGACUAAUCUCUACCAUUUUGAGAAGCAUAUAUGGAAGAGUUAACAGAUUUUUACAGACAUUAUAGGGAUUCAGUAACUUCAUCUUUACUGAGGAAAUUGUUGUAAUUGAAUGUGUAGGUAAGAGAGGUGGAAAUUGGUCUUAUAUGUUGAAUAGUUGAACAAAAUGAGAUGUGGGAGAAAUACUAAGGGGUUGUCUGCAUUUUGGAAUAGAUCAUUGAGAGUAUCUAAUCAGGUCCUUAAUGUGAAUGUUUACUUGCAAGUAAAUCAAAUAUAAAAUGUUAUCUAGGGUUUUUCUAAAGUACAAGUGCUUUCAAGUUUAUUUCGUUGUGAUUUAGCAGAAUUGUAGUAAGGUAUUUAACCCAGUAAAACCCCAAAUUAAUACAGUUGCAUUGAUUAUUUCACAAUUCAUGUAAUUGUAGUCUGAUCAGAAAUCUGUCCAUUUGGAAGCAAACUGGAUCAUUCAGGGAGGAUGCUGGAACCAAAUGAUAUUUACUUAUAUGUCAUUUGGUGAGUGUUAUUUUGGUUUGUACAGAUGCAUGAUUUUUUGCCUUUGUAUAUGCAAUAUACUUUGAUUAGAAACCCCCCCACUGGGAGGUACACUAAAUUUGUGGACAUAAAGUUGUGUGUGGGAGUGACAAAUAUUUGCCCAGUGCACACUUACUAUGAAUAGAUUGGAGGUAACAUUUUAUUAUGUGGAAAUUAGCAUGACAUUAAAGUAUUCUUGUUUUCCACCAACAUGAACACUAAAUAUGAAUAUGUGAAGUUUUAGCUGUUUAUAGAAUAGCUUUUCAGUUUGUAUCACUGAAGCGUAUGAUGUAUUUGUCUGUGUGUUUUUAUGGUUGUUACAUGUUGUUUGAUGUCAGAUAAUUUUUUUUUAUUUUGGAAAUGUAUUUAAUAGGUUAUUUCAGUGUUAGGUAAUCUCAUAUUAAUUAAUGUGAAAUGUGAUCAUGCAAGGUACUACUUGGCCUUGUUAAUUUUUAAUAUGCAAAGUAUGUGAACUAAUUCAAGAUUUUGUGGUGGUACCUCUAUCUGGAAUCAGUGAAUCCUUGACUUCAAGUUAGAUUAUUGCCACUCUUUGUUGUAUUCCUGUCAGAGUUUAUUGAGCCCUUGGCCACGAGUAGAAGAUACAAGUGAAACUUCGUAAAGAAGGAAUUAAAAUCUGUAAAUGAAUCUAGUUAAGGCAAAGUUUAAGAUUUUAAAGCCAAGAGAUCAGUACUUGAGAUUAACAGUUGAGUGAAUGUAUAUAGGCAAGGGGUGCAUACAGGAUUUUGGUAGGGAAUCCUUCUGGAAGAUGACCACUGGACAGACCAAAAAAGGAGAUGGAAGGAUAACAUCAAGAUGGAUCUUAGGGAGGUGGGCUAUGAGAAUGGCAAGUGGAUGGAGUUGGCUCAGGAUUAUGGCUGGUGGCGGGCUUUGGUUUUGAACCUGUGGGUUCUGCUACAACAGAGUUAGUGAAUGUAUAUGGAAGUAGAAAUGCUGGAAGUAUGUUGAGAAUGAAGUACCCACACAGAACAUUGUAAAGCUGAGUCAUAGUUCAGAUAACUAUUCAGAAUGAUAUGCGAGACAAAGUUGCGUUGGAAUUGUGCCAUUUUCAGAUAGUUUCAUGUCAGCCACAGUGAAAACACCCCAAAUCUAAACUCAGCAUACCAUAUAUCAAUUGGUGGUUGGCCUUGUUUGUCUUACUAUGCUUUUUCUUAACAAAUAUAAUUAUAUUUUGUUUUUAAUUUAAAUGGUGAGAGUAGACAGUGACGUACAGGAACUAUAACUGACGAUCAUGAAAUGAUACUGUAAUGUUACUCUUAACCUUUAAAC